AUGUUUGGGUACACCUUCGAGUGCCGGAUUGCGGCGGCAGUCAUCGUUGACGUGGAGAUCGUGAAGCGCAAUACCGACCAAGUGAAUUGGGCUCUAUAUGAGAAUGAGCUUCUGAAAAUCUUCAAGGCGCGUCAUCAGGCCAAUCCCCAGCUGCAGCUCCAGUUUGCCUUCAUUCACAGCAAGAUUUGGCUGCGGAUCUAUUGGGAGUUCACCCCCGAGGAAGAGUCUCGCUCCACGUCAUAUGGUAUGCACCGAGUACAGUGGGUUGAUGCAAAUGAGAAGAUGCUGAAAGAGACAUUUCACUGUUACUUGGACCGGAGAACUAUCAAAUCGUAUGUACUCGAGAAAUCGAUGCCGGCUAUGGGGAUAUCGCUCCUCACAUUGCAGAUUUUCGGACGUGAGACGACGUGGAGGCAGUAA